AUGGUUCUGUCCUCGGCCAGCAGGCUGCGGCUGUUCCGGGUGGUGUUUUCCGAACCCGGCCGCGCCUUCUAUAGCAGCGGGGACAAGCUGUCCGGCUCCGUGCAGCUGGAGGCCGAGCAGCCCUGCAGGGUGGCCGGCCUCCGCGUCACGGCCGCCGGCUGCGCGCGCGUCCAGCCCCGCAAGAAGCGCGGGAGGAGCCAGGAGGUGGAGUACCUGAAGUACGACGAGGAUGUGCGGCUGGAGGAGGCGCUUAGCUCAGACUCUGACGGCUGCUUCCUGCUUCCUGUCGGUAAAACCUUCAGCUUCCAGUUCGGCUUCGAGCUGCCGCCACCUGGGCGCCUGGUGUCGUCCUUCAGAGGGAAGUUGGGCUCGGUGCGGUACUACGUGAGGGCCGAGCUGCGCCGGCCGUCCAAGCAUGCCCUGCAGUGUGAGAAGGAGUUUCAGGUGGAGGAGCCGCUGGACGUGAACCGAGCCGACCUGCUGGCGCCGGUGGCAGCCUCUGCUCAGAAGAAAGUCACCUGCAUGUUCAUCCCUGAUGGCCAGGUGUCCAUUAGCGCUCAGAUCGACAGGAAGGGCUUCUGCGAGGGCGAGGACAUCUUCAUCAACGCCAAGUUCGAGAACACGUGCUCCCGCAUUGUGGUGCCGAAGGCUGCCAUCAUCGCCAAACACUUGUACGCCGUGGACGGACGCACCAAGGUGUUGCGUCAGAAGCUGUCGGCGGUGCGAGGAAACCACAUCAUUUCUGGGAUGUGCGACAUGUGGCAGGGCAGGACCAUCAAGGUGCCCAAACUGAAGCCCUCUCUGCUCGGCUGUGACAUCAUCCAGGUCGACUAUGCCCUCAUGAUCUACCUGCACAUCCCCGGCAGCGAGAAGCUGACUCUGGAGCUGCCGCUGGUCAUCGGGACGAUCCCGUUCAGUGGUGUGGGCAGCCGGACGAGCAGCAUGUGCAGCCAGGCCGGCUCCAGCUGGACCUCCUUCCCCUCGGCCCCACCCAGCUACAGCAACAUCCACCGCGACCUCAGGGUGGACGGCCCCCGCACGCCGCUGCUCCACGACUACGAUGGCACCGAGGAUGAGGAGGAGGAAGGUGGGCUCAUAAUGAGAGCGCCUGAACUUCACUGCCCCCUUCCCCCCGUGUACAGUGAGGUAGAUCAGAACUCUGAGAACUCCUCUCAGGUGGUUCCCAUCUUCUGAGGACAGCGUCCCCUUUUAACGGUCCAACGCCCCGUCUCUCCACCAGGACACGGGCUGAGGGCGGAGCCUCAGCUCUGCAUCGAAAUCUGACCUGACAGCCAUUCCCCUCUGAUUCAGUUGUGUCCUGUCAGUGAAAACAGAGAAAAUGUUUUUUUAGAUACUUGUUGUUGCAUUAUUUACUGUAGUAACAGGAACUACAGGUAACUACCUGUGUGUAAGAUUUUGUAAAUAAGAGCCUAUUUUUAUUUUUUUUUUAUCUGAUUAAUGAGUCGAAAAUGUUUGGGUGUUUUCACAGUUUGUUCCCAAACAGCAAAAAAUAAAGCAAUCAUGAAGAAUGUU